AGGCUUGAUGUACCGGCUGAACGCUCUUGACUUUUGCAGUACAGCUGAACCGCGAGGGGGGCGCGCUGCAGCAAACGACGGGUCGUCAGCGGGUUUUUAGUUAUGGUGGUCGACACGUUGUUAAAUUAAGUUUAAAAGCACGUAGGGGAAAAACUGUAAUUGUUAAUCUAUACCAGAGCAAACUGUGUCUGCCGUUUUGGAAACAAACCUCGGGUUUCAAUGAAUUGCACCAGGGUUCUGCAGAUACUGAACCCCAGGCCAAUGCCAAGUCCAAUUAUGCCUGUGGAUGUGGCAAUGAGAAUUUGUCUGGCACACUCGCCGCCUCUUCGCAGUUUCCUCAGUUCAUAUAAGGACUGCAAGUCCAGGAGCCUAGUCAACCAAUACAAACCUCUGAGAUCCUGCAUCAGCUCCAAAACAGAUGUGGAAACUGAUAAUCUAGGAUGGAAGAGUCCCGACACCAAAGCUAAAAAGAAAGUGGUUUUUGCUGACUCCAAAGGCAUGUCUCUGACAGCAGUCCAUGUGUUCAAGGAAUUUGAAGAAGACCCCAUGUUAGACCUACAGUUUGAAUUAUCAGACCUGGAGGAUGCCAUUGUGGGCCUGAAAGCGGAGAAGGAGAAAAAAUGGAUUCUGGAUUUCCCUCAGCCUGCUGCAGACUAUUUGGACUUCCGGAACCAUCUAAAGAAGAACCUGGUAUGCUUGGAAAACUGUAUAAUUCAAGAGAGAUCACUCACUGGCACAGUCAAAGUAAGCAAUAUAAGCUUUGAGAAAAUGGUCUAUGUGCGAAUAACAUUUGAGUCAUGGAAAAGCUAUGUUGACAUUCCUUGUACAUACAUGAAUAAUGUUUAUGGAUGCGAGGACGUUGACACAUUCUCAUUUUCUAUCGACCUUCCAAGUUAUGUGCCCCCACACGAGCAGGUGGAGUUCUGUAUAUCUUACAAAACUCAAGAUGCCACAUACUGGGACAAUAAUGAUGGGAAAAAUUACAAGCUGGUACAUGCAGAGAACAACCCCAGCCAGACCAGUGUAAUCCAAAAGAUGACAACAGAUUUCAAGAAUCAAGGCAAACGGCCAGAGAUGGAAUUUGAUGAAUUUGGGAGCCCAAGAACAUCUAAUGGAUUCUUCCCCGAGUGGCAGAGCUGGGGUCAUAUUGAGAACAACACUCCUUACUGGUGACAGUUAAAGACUCCCGAUAAACUAGAAGUAAAUGCUAUAACAAGGACAAAUGCAAAUGGUUUCAGAAUUGACUUUUGAAAAGUCUGAAGAUUAGAAAUGAGCAAUGAUGUCCUCAAAAGUAAACCCUUUUGGCCAUGUGUGUCUUUGAUACUGUCCAAAUGAAUUCAGUGUUGGUGUAUGUUUUUGAGAUACAGAUUUAGCUUAAUACGAGAUGUCUGGGCUCUGAAAUUAUGCAAAGUUAACCAUAAUGGCAGUUACUCAUAAAGAAAAAUGUUGGUUUAUGUUAUUUUCAAAUUUUGUAGCACACUACAUACAAUAUUUUGUAGAUCUGACAUGGGAUAAACCAAUAAUUUUCAUAACAUAGAUGCCUUCCUUUUCUGUUAUUCUGUGAAAAAACUGUAAUACAAUGGUAUUGUUUUGGAUAUCUUUCCAAAUGUCCUUGUAUGAAGUGAACAACUAGCACUUGCUCUGAAAUAGAUUCUUCAGUGUACUAUUUUGUUACCUUGAAGUGUAAUAAUUUUGUUACUCCAUCUAAAGUCACUGUAUUUUGGGAAUCCUACUUCUGAAAUUAACUUGACGUUAAUAUGAAAUAAUUUAAGUCAUGUUUAAAGAGAUAGUUCACCAAAAAUGAGAGCUCUGUAAUUUACUCAGCCUUCGAGACAUGUUAUUUAAUUGUAUGGACAAAAUAGUUCCACUGAAGAAAAAGUUUAAAACCACAUGAGGAUGAGUAAACAAUGACAGAAAUUUCAAUUUUGGGUUAAUUGUCCCUUUUAGAGCAGAUGGACCUGCACUGAAUAAAAUGUGUGUAAUUUUCAGAAUAUGGAAUAAUCUGGUACAAUAUGAGAUUGCUUCAUAUUGAAGUUUUGCAACUCAUUUUAUAGUACCAGUUUAUCUGUCACUUUAUAGUGAAUGCACUAAGCGUAACACAUUAUAAGGGAGUCCAUGAGAGAUAAUAAUGCCCAUUAAGUGCUAAAUCCCUGUUGUUGCACUUCAGAUUUUUGCCUAUGUCUGUUCUACUUUUUUAAAGCUGCACUUUCCUAAAACAAUAUCUUUCCUACAGCAUUUUUGCUGCUAUGGUACUGUGCGUGGUUGUGUGUGCUGCAUUGUGACUGAUGACCGGUGGUGAAUGGAAACUCUCUAGAGUUAUUUGGAGGAUAGAAGAUGAUAACUUUAAUUUUGUAUGUAACUUUAAGAAGGUAGUAGUAAGUCAGGAAGCUUUGCUAAGGUGAAGGAUAAUAUUGAAUGAGACUGUUUUUCCCCUUUCUGCUGCAAUAGUAAAACAGGUUGAGGCCUUAAACAAAGGUGAUUGUGGACUCUGAUGAACUGCGAGCUGCUGUAAUUUCUUAGAGGGAUCAUGUAGGUUGAAUGUAAAAAGGGGCCUACACAAGCCACAGUGUAUGCCUACAUAUUUUUCUACUGCAAAGAAAGAUGUUUGUUUGAAAGAAUGUUGUACUAUACUCCAUGUUCCUGUUAGAAAUAAAACCUAAUGUUUCUAUGA